GGCAGUUCAACCAAUGGGCGUACAGCAUUCGUCAUUUAAACUGAGUAUAAAAGUCUGCUUGUCAACGUCUUGGGUGGCGCCAGUUUUGAACGGUGCUGUUUUGAGUCGUGUGGCUGUUUUUCUGGGUAUCACCGUGAUUGCAGAACGUGAUGACCGUCCCCUCUGCAGAGGAGCUGGACUCCUUCAAGUACAGCGACCUGCAAAAUUUAGCCAAAAGACUGGGCCUCCGGGCUAACCUGAGGGCAGACAAGUUGUUAAGAGCCUUGAAAGCACACCUGAAUCCAGAAACAAGAAGAGAAAAUAAAAAUCAGGAUGAAAAUCAGUCUUCUGCAUUCUCCUACGAUGAGACUGAGACACAAGUCACCAGUGAGGAGCAGGCUGAGACGGAAUCAGGUAGUCAUGUCACCAGAACCAGGAGGAGGAAGCGCAAGACCAUCCAUGGAAUUCCUACCUCCCAGGAUCAUAUGGAGAUGAAAAGAAGAGACAGCACUACAUUCCAAAAUCAGGAAAAUCAAGACCUCAGAGCUACUGAAAAGGUUCCUUCUCUGCCAGAGCAAAGGCCAGAAGAUGGGAAUGCAGCUUCCUCAGAAGAAGGAAAAAUAAACGACUUUAAGAGGCUUCAUGAGGCUCAUUUUAAGAAAAUGGAAUCCAUUGAUGAAUAUAUGGUGAGAAAAAAGAAACACUUUAAAGAGCACGAUUCACUUAAUGAACUAAAGCAGCUUGACAAAAAAGUGACCCCAGUUCCACCAAGAGGGAGACUCUCUGUACUCUGCACUCCUGCGAGGCAGCGGUGCUCACAGGGCCACUCAGCAACUAAAAUGAAUGUCAGGUUCUCAGCUGCUACUAAAGAUAAUGAACAUAAGUGCUCGCUGACCAAGACACCAGCCAGAAAGUCCCCACAUGUGACUGCACCUGGGAGUGCUUCAAAGGGCCAGGCUGUGCUCAAGACACCAAAGUUAAAGACCACUGAGAGGAAUUCCACUGCAGUUAUUACUCCAUUCAAGUUGAUGACUGAAGCAACACAGACUCCAGGUUCUAGUAAGAAACCGAUAUUUGAUCUCAAAGCAAGCUUGUCUCGUCCCCUCAACUACAAGCCACACAAAGGAAAGCUGAAACCUUGGGGCCAAGCUAAAGAGAAUAAUUCUCUGAAUGAAUGUGUGAGCAGAGUUACCCUGCACAGGAAAACUUACAAACAACCUCCUCUCCAGACCAGGGAAGAACAACGGAAGAGACAUGUGCAAGAACGGAAGGAGAGAAAAGAAAAGCUUUUGGAAGCUCGAAGAAACUUGGGUGUGACUAAAGCCCAGUGACCCUGCUGUCCCUUUCCUCCUCAUUCUCCUUUGUAUGUUUUUAUACUUUCUCUACUUCAAUCAAAAGCUCUUUUCUGUCAUAACUUGUAUAGUGCCUCCUCUGUGCUAUAUCUGAGAAUACAUUAUCACCUUAAAGUCCAUAACUGAAGUGACUUUCACUUAAUGUCCUGUACAACUCCAACUUUUAAAGACCUGUCCUUGUGAUCUUAAGAGCUUUUCAUGUCAAGGCCCUGCUAGUCCCGAUGGCGAUGACCUGCAUCCUUUUCUGCACAAGAGUCCCCUGAGCGGCAAGCUGAGGCAGAAGCUCAGUGUGAGAGAGUAAGAUGACGCUCCCAGGAGAGGGAGGCUGGGAGGCCACAUUUUUGUUCAGUAGCCUGGAAAAUCUAUUAGUCUUAUUGAAAUUAUAUUUUAUUUUGAUAGGUAAAAAGUUUUAGCUUAUAAGAGCCUUGUUCUGACAUUUCAGGUAUUUGCCAACUGUCACUCAUUAUAAUCCUAAACUAGAAAACCUCUACGCUCUCUUAAAUAGAAGCCACAGGGCAAAGGGUGUGCCUCAGUUGUACAGCACUCAGCUAUCACACACCUGCCCCUGAAUUUGACUCCUGGUCCCACCAAAAACAAAACCGAGAAUGGCUGCCGUAAGAAAACCUCCUUGGCAGACUUAGACCUCACAGUAGGAGAGGGAGCUGACCUUCUGACCUUGCUCGGCCCUGUAGAGACUCUGAGUUGUGUGUAAUGAUUACAAUGUUCAUAAAUAAAAAUUUUCACUGUGAUAGGUUCCUUGUUUUAAACAUGAGUUGCCUAGAAUCUGGAUGGCCAUCUCACACCUCCUCCACCCACUUCUCUCCCACUACUGAGACAGGGGCGCAUGUAUUCAAACUGGCCUCAAACUCAUUUUGUAUCUGAAGAUGACCUUAAACCCUUGAUCCCCCUGCUUCUACCUCUCAGGUAAGUGCAGAGUUAGAUGUAUAUCGUACCUGGCUAUAAAGUGUUCUUUGGGGGGCUGGAGAGAUGGCUCAGUGGUUAAGAGCACUGACUGCUCUUCCAAAGGUCCUGAGUUCAAAUCCCAGCAACCACAUGGUGGCUCACAGCCAUCUGUAAUGAGAUCUGAUGCCCUCUUCUGGCGAGUCUGAAGACAGCUACAGUGUACUUAAAAAAAUUUUUUUCUCCCUUUGUUGCCUCAUUUUGAAUCUUAAGCCUUGCAACUUACUACCAGAAAUAGUAAGAUAACAAGGUUGAUAGUCACCACUUCUAUUUACAUACCCUAUAAAUCAGUAAAGCUGAGCUGAAUGUGGUAACAUAAGCCUAUAGUUCAGUGCUCAAGAGGGAGAGGCAGGAGGACCAGAAGCUCAUUUUCUGCCCCAGUCACAUGAGACCCUGCUUUUCAAAAACAAACAUAGGACUGGGUGGUUUGGCUUGGUUGUAGGGCUCUUACCUAGCAUGCACAAGGACCUGGGCUUGAUUCUCAGAAAAAAAAAAAAAAAAAAAAAAAAAAAAGCAAAAAAAAAAAAUGAAGACUGGAUGAUGGCCCAGUGGUUAGGGCCUGUACUACCUUUUUUUUUUUUUUCUUUUUUUUUUUUUCUUUUUUUUUUUUUCUUUUUUUUUUUUUGAGACAGAGUUUCUCUGUAGCCCUGGUUGUCCUGGAAUUCUCUUUGAGGUGUGCACUGCCAUGUCACCAGCAGGUAUAUACUCCUGCAGAAGACUCUUCAAUUUUUAGGACCCAAGUCAGGCAUCUCACAACUGCCUGUAACUCCAGCUAAAGGGAUUCCCACACUCAUCCUCUUGUGGUCUUCGUGGGCACCCAGUACUCAUGUGCAUAUGCCCACAUAUACACAUAGUUUUAAAAAUUAAAUCUUAAAAAAAAAAAGUGGGGCUGGGGAUUUAGCUCAGUGGUUAGAGUGCUUACCUAGGAAGCGCAAGGCCCUGGGUUCGGUCCCCAGCUCCAAAAAAAAGAACCAAAAAAAAAAAAAAAAAAAGCAUUAAAUAGGGUUUUGGCGGGAGACAAAACACUAUGACCAAGGCUCCUUACAAAAGAAAGUGUUUAAUUUGGGGCUCAUGGUUCUGGGGGUUAGAGUCCAUGACUGCUGUGGCAGGGCACAUGGGAGCAGGCUGGCACACAUGGUGGCAUGUUGUUGGUGCCAUAGUUGAGAGCUUACUUAAAUCCUUAUCGACAAAUAGGCAGAGAAAGCAAUGAAUAACCUGGGCUUUUCCAAACCUCAAAGCCCACUGACAGUGCCAAAACCACCUCACUAAAGCCUUACCUCCCAAUUUUUCCCAGUUCCACCAUCCAAUCAUCCAAGGAUUCAAAUACAUGAGCCUACGGGAGCCAUUUUCAUCACACAGACACAGGGGCUCACACUUUAGUAGCAAGUGCCUCCUCAGUACUUGGAACUAAGAGGCAGGAUUGUUGUGAGUUCCAUGCCAGCCAGAGCUAUCUAAUGUGGCCCUGUCUCAAAACUACAAAAACUGCUUUAAUUCCUAAAGAAUUUAUUACACCCCAAUAGCACCUUAGGCAAUAAUCAAACCUUUAGCACAUGGGCCUUCGAGAGAUGCUUCAUACUCAAACUGUAGUUGAAGACAUCUACACUGAAAAACUAUAAAAUGUUGCUGAAACUAGAGAUCUAACUUAACAUUUUCAUGUCUCUAUAACAGGUUAAAAUGAAGACAUUCAAAAUUGAUCUAUAAACUGAGUACUUUUUUUUUUUAAAGACAAUUUUCCUGUGUAUCCCUGGCUCUCCUGGAACUCUGUAAUCCAGGCUGUCCUCAAACUCACAGAACUCACUCUGAGCUAAAGCCAUGCCCCACCACUGCCUAGCUUGAAUACAAUUUUUAUCAAUCCAUUUUUUUCUUUCUCUUUUCUGUGCUGAAAUAAAAUUCAUAUGGAAAUACAAAUAAUCGAAAUCUUAAGAAAUACAAAGGUAGAACACUCAACUUUACAAGGUACAGCAAUCAGAGUUGUAGUUCUGUUACAAAGAUAAGCGUAACAAUAACAUUAUAGUCUGUUUUUGGCUAUCUGGCACUAAUGAAGGUUCCUGGACUACUUUCUGUUUUUAAGCUUUAUGUAUUUUGUAUGUGCUCUAUCUACAUGCACCCUGGCAUGCCAGAAGAGGGCAUUAGCCAUUACUAAUAGCUGCGAGCCACACCAUGUGGGUGCUGGGAACUGAACUCAGGACCUCUGGAAGAGCAGUCAGUCCUCUUAACCACUGAGCCGUCUCUCCAGUCCCAUACAUCUUCCUUACAAGACAGAGCUUCUCUAUGUAACCCUGGCUGUACUGGAACUUGCCUCUAUAAGAGCAGGAUGGCCUUAAACUCAGAUCCAACUGCUUUUGCCUCUCGAGUGCUGGGAUUAAGAGCUGCUACCACAGUCUGGGAAGAAUAAAUCUUUGUAUCGUUAGGGUCUGAAAUCAAAACAACCCAGCAGGCACAAGAGUCCAGCAAAACAAGAUAUUUAUUUGGAUUAGGCAGCAAAAACAGACUAGUCAGGGACAGCAGCACAAACGUAGCAACUGACCGCAUCUUCUAAUGUUCAUCUUAGUAUUUACGCAGAUGAGAAAAAUUUAUUAUACUCAAUAUAACAGAGUCUUUGAACUUCAAAACUAUUAACAUCUGUGCCAAGUUACCCCAUCAACCAGAGUUUAGGGAAAGGCGACUUCCUUAGGGGCAUGUCUUUGUGGUACACUUAACCCUGUUCUCAUUGGUUGGGUUAUUCGACUUGCCUAACAUUCAUGUCUCAACUUGCCAACCAGGAUGUCAGUUACCCCAGAAGGUUUUGGUAACUUAAAUUUUAUUUGACCCCUAUUCAAAAUAGAAGUUUUAUUCAAAAUGGGUUCAGUUUGGUUCCUUCUUACAAUAGAACUAUUUAUAUAAAAAUGUAAGAGUGAUCGUGGGUGAAUUGAAGAAGACUUCUUAGAUAUGAUAUCGAAGAAGCUAACUGUAAAUAAACUUUCAGCCAGUGGAUUAAGGUAUUUGCUGCUAAACCUACCGAUGACUCACAUCUGUCCACUCACUUUCACAUGUGCCCCUAAACAAAAGAAGUUUAAUAAAGUUUCAUUUUUUGUUUAGACAGUAGAUUGCUAUAUAACAUGGCUGGUCUUGGGGUCACAAGGCAGGCCUAAAAAUUAUUUUUAAGAAUUUUAAGAUGGCUUUUUGAGACCUGGUGGUGCGUGCUGCCGAGCUUUGUCCAGUCUCCUCUGUCCUGACUCACUGCUGUUGGCUCCUGCUGAGGAACAAGUCGAUCAGGAAGCCUCAGCUGUGGCAUUUAAAGGUACCGGAAAGACACCUGUGGAGCCGGAAGUGGCGAUUCACCAAAUUCAAUCACGCUCACCAGUCGAUAUGUGAAGUCGCUGGAGAAGGUUUGAGCAGAGGCACAAAGGAGAAGAAUCUGAAAGUGAAAAGACCGGUGUGCAUGCCUACCAAGACACUGAGAAUCACUACCAGAAAAACACCUUGUGGUGAAGGUUCCAAGACCUGGGAUCGUUUCUAGAUGAUAAUUCACAAGCGACUCAUUGAUUUACACAGUCCUUCUGAGAUUGUUAAACAGAUUAUUUCCAUCAGUAUUGACCCAGGAGUGAAGGUUGAAGUCACCAUUGCAGAUGCCUAAGUCAACUGUUUAAAUAAAUUGACUUGUUUAGAAAAAAAAUUUUUUAAGAUGGAUUUGUUGGCACAGUUCUAUAAUCCCAGCACUCACGAGGCUCCAAAAAGAUCACAAAUUCAAAGCCAGCCACGAAAAUGGUAGGAAGUCAUGGACAAAAUAUUCUAUAGCAAUCCCAGUACUUGAGAGCACACUGAAGAAUCAAGAGGAUUGCUGCAAGUUCAAAGGCAGCCUGGGAUACACAGUAAGACCCUGUAUCAAAGUAACAACAGAACAAAGAUGGCUCAGUGGGCCAUGUUUCUGCCUUGAAUACUCUGUAGCACACACCUAUAAUUGUAGCUACACAACAGGGAAGGCGGAGAAGACACUCCCUAGCAGUUUGCCAGCUCCCUAGCCUGGCAUACAAAGUUUCAAACUAAGACCUUCCUCAAACAAUGUGAAAGUUGAAGCUGAACCUCUGAAGUUGUGUCCAGGCAGUAGUGAUGUAAACCUUUCAUUCCAGCACUUAGGAAGCAGAGGCAGGCAGACCUCCGAGUUUGAGGGCAGCCUGGUCUACACAGAAACCCUGUCUGGAAAAACCAAAAAACCAAAACAUCUGAGCUCUACAUGCAUGUCUUGACAUAUGGAUACCUAUACCACAUUCACAUACACAAAACACGUAUUGGUGAGCGUAUGAGAAAACUGGAGCAUUAUUUUCACUGAUCAUGUAAUUCAUGGUGCAAAUACUCUUUCCAAAGGUGAUUUUGCACCUUUGGAAAACAGGCCCAGAGCUGUUCUCACUCAACAAGCUCUGUACCACUGAAACUACACCCUUCAUUUGGACAUAGUCUCAUUAGGAGGCUCAGGCUGGCCUUGAAUCCAUUCUAUAGCUCAGGCUGACCUUGAAUGUGUUAACCAUCUGCCUCACUCCCACAAGCAUCUAGGAUUGUAGACCUACCUCCAGGCCUAGUUUAAAACCGCCACCCCUACCUUUAUUAAAGUAAUGUUUAAGUGGUGGUGCAUGCCUUUAUUCCCAGCAUUCAGGAGGCAGAGACAAACCCUGUCUGGAAAAACAAAGUUUAAUAUUUAUGUGUGAGUGUGUGUAUGUGUGAAUACAGGUGCCCACAGAGUCCAUAAGAGGAUGAUUGAAUUGCUAAGUAAAAGAUUGGGCUUUGGUCUACAAGAGCUGAGCUGUCUUGAGCUCUCUGGAGAACUGUGGAGCAGAACAGAAGGCUGUCAGCUUGUACCGUAGGAUUGAUUUCGAGUUGAUAGUUUUGCUGUUCCUAAACACCCCUUGCUGAGGUUGCUCUCCAAGCCAAGGCUGGUCCUUGGCACUAGGGUGCUCUGGCUCACAACGGUCUGUACCUCUGGUUCCACAGAAUCCAACACCCUCUUCUUGCUUUCAUGGGCAACUGUAUACACGUGGUGUACAGACAAUACAGGCAGGCAAACACAAACACACAUGAAAUUAAAAUAAGCCUGUACAUUUUUUUUAAAGAUUUAUUUAUUUUAUGUAUAUGAGUACACUGAAGCUGUCUUCAGACACACCAGAAGAGGGCAUCAGAUUCCAUCACAUUUGGUUAUGAGCCACCAUUUGGUGGCUGGGAAUUGAACUCAGGACCUCUAUCUAGAAGAGCAGUCAUGGGGCUGAGGAUUUAGCUCAGUGGUAGAGCGCUUACCUAGGAAGCGCAAGGCCCUGGGUUCGGUCCCCAGCUCCGAAAAAAAGAACCAAAAAAAAAAAAAAGAA